AUGACAAAGUUGUAUUAUGAAAUGCAAAAUUUGGAAAAUGCUUGUAGACAUGUUGGUGUAGGAGGAAUGCAUUCACACGAAUACAAAAGAAAUAGCUUGCAUGUUGCAUAUGACCUGAUUGUGAUUAUGAUGCGUGACAUUGUAAUGGGAAGAUCAUGUGACAUCAUGACCUCUCCUGUUACGGAAAAUAUGGAGGUGACUGAGUCGUGUGUACAUUCGAUCAUUGUAGGACGUAACGUGUACGGACGUACAGACAUGACGUGUACAGACGUAUGGAUGGGAUGUGUGCGGACAUAUACGAAGAGCUAA